AUGCCACCGCAUAAUUUACAAUUAAAGGUUGGAUCUCCAAUUAUCUUGCUUCGUAAUUUGAACCCGCCCCGGCUGUGCAACGGUACGCGAUUAGUCAUUCAAAAAUUAAUGAAAAACGUGAUCAAAGCCAGGAUUUUAAAUGGCAAGUUCAGAGAUGAAAAUAUACUCAUACCACGGAUUCCUAUUAUACCUACAGAUGUGCCAAUUCAAUUCAAACGUAUUCAGUUUCCGAUUAGAUUGGCAUUUGCAAUGACUAUCAACAAAUCCCAAGGUCAAACGAUGUCUGUUUGUGGAUUAGAUUUGAGAACACCAUGCUUUUCACACGGACAAUUUGGACAAUUAUACGUGGCAUGCUCUCGAGUGGGUAAACCAUCCAGUUUGUUUGUGUUAGCUAAAGAUGGACUAACAAAAAAUAUUGUUCACGCUAUAGCAUUAAGAGAUUGA